UGUUGACCCUAUUUCUCUCCCUCUCUCUCUUCAUGUGAAAAGUUUGGCUUCAUUGAUUCAUUUUUUUCUCAUUUCAAACAAUACCCUUUUUCUCUCUCUAUCUGAACAGUUUUAAGUCUUUUUGAUUCAUUUCUAUUUCUUCCUUUAUACCCAUUUUUUUCUGGUCUCUUUUUUGUUUUGUCUCUCAAUAAAAAAAGAAAAAAAAGUUGAACAUAAUUCAGUUGGAUUAUCUGUAUUUUGCAAGGAAUUUUUGGUGGUGAAUUUGAAGGAGAAAAUGAUGAUGAUGACGAUGGAAGGAAUGAUGGAUAAGGGAGUAUUGGAUGAUAUAAUAAGAAGGUUGUUGGAAGGUAGAGGAGGCAAGCAGGUGCAGCUUUCUGAAGGAGAGAUCCGUCAGCUUUGUGUUAAUGCUCGUCAAGUCUUCCUUUCACAGCCUAAUCUGCUUCAGAUUCGUGCUCCAAUCAGAAUCUGUGGUGAUAUACAUGGACAAUACCAAGAUCUUCUGAGGCUCUUUGAAUAUGGUGGCUACCCUCCUUCUGCAAACUACCUGUUCCUGGGGGAUUAUGUAGAUCGAGGCAAGCAAAGUUUGGAGACAAUAUGUUUGCUUUUGGCCUAUAAAAUCAGAUAUCCUGACAGAAUUUACCUCUUAAGGGGAAACCAUGAAGAUGCAAAGAUCAACCGGAUUUACGGGUUUUAUGAUGAGUGUAAAAGGAGAUUUAACGUUAGGCUUUGGAAAAUAUUCACAGACUGCUUUAAUAGUUUGCCGGUGGCUGCACUUAUUGAUGACAAGAUACUUUGUAUGCAUGGAGGAUUGUCCCCGGAGUUGGAAAAUUUGGAUCAAAUAAAGGAAAUUCAAAGGCCAACAGAAGUUCCUGAUAAUGGUCUUCUCUGCGAUCUACUUUGGUCUGAUCCUGACCCCAAGGUUGAGGGCUGGGCAGAUAGUGAUCGAGGAGUUUCAUGUACUUUUGGAGCUGAUAUAGUUACUGAAUUUUUGGAUAAGAAUGACCUUGAUCUCAUUUGCCGAGGUCAUCAGGUUGUGGAGGAUGGCUAUGAGUUUUUCGCGAAACGAAGAUUGGUAACAAUAUUUUCAGCUCCAAACUAUGGCGGGGAGUUUGACAAUGCUGGUGCUCUGUUGAGUGUCGAUGAAGCUCUUGUGUGCUCCUUUGAGAUAUUGAAACCAGCUGAUAAUAAAGCAUCACCAAGCAGUUCCAACAAAUUGCCCCUGAAGAAGCCCCCAAAGAUUGGGAAGAUUUGAUCUGCCAGUGAAGAAGGGCUUUCCGAAAAUCCGUCAUUCUGAUCAAAAGCUUUGAUCAUCUCAUACACGGAUGGGCGUUUUACAAGAAACCCUCCAUGGGAUUGAUGCUUGCUGGUUAUUUGAUUGCAAGGAAAUUAUCAGAAAGUCUGUAAAUCAACCAACCAUUUUUCUCUUCUGUGCAGUAACCAUUUUUUUUUUUUUUUGCAUUGGACACAUUUUUGUCUCGUUUGUGCUCUGGCUACUCACUAUCAGUGUGCUAUCUGUGAGUGGGGUUGGAUCUGCCUUGAUUUGUGUUGAAUGUAUUUGUACAUCAGCCUCCAUUUCUGAUUAGCAUAGGAAGAUUGGAUGAUACAUAAUUUUCUGUUUCAGAAGUGAGCUUUCUAAAUGAAUGAAUCACUAAUUCAAAAUGA